AUGUCGCGACCUGCUACGCGGAAGGCAGCGCCGAAAGGCGAAUACAUCGAGACGGAUUCGGGAAAUAAAGUCUCGAGGCGUUCAGCGAUUACUGGCACGGCAAACAUCACGCUAGGUGGCCGCACAGUUAUCAUGGCAGAUGUGCAGUUACGCGGUGACUUACAUCCAACGCGUUCUACACCAUCGCAGUCAGGGAAAGAGGUCACACCGACCAGCAUCAGCAUAGGCCGAUGUACAGUCAUCUCAACCGGAAGCGUCAUAAAACCACCGUGCCGAAUCAGCAGAGGACAGGUGCACUACUAUCCCAUGAAGAUUGGGGAUAAUGUUUUCGUUGGGCCCGGCUGCACAAUCCAAGCCAUCUCGAUAUCGUCACAUGUGCACAUUGGCGAGAAAGUCACCAUCAACCAGUUUGCCAUCAUCAAGGAGAACGUCAAGAUCUUGCCAAACACUGUUAUACCGGCAAACAUGGUCAUCGCAUCCGGAUCUGUGGUCGGUGGACGUCCUGCAAGAGUAAUCGGUGAAGUCGGUGAAGGCUGGGGCGUCAGUGGUGGUGGUGGUACUGGAGGUGGACUUGGAGCAGGCGGAGGAGGUGAAGAGAAAUGGGUCGAAGGCGGUGAUUUACGAGAGCUGGUGAGAAGCAUCAAGUAGAAUGGCUGAUGUUGGAAUGAACUAGACCGACACCUGGGAAUCACACCCCACACAUACUGGAUGUUCUUCGGGACGCACCUACUCGAUCUGCAAAUUAGCUUUCUCCCAAAGUGUGACACACCAACCGUUCUCGAAAUAGAUGACAACAUUUCCAACACUCAUGGCUCGUCGCGAUCGUCCCGAACCACCAUUGUCGGACACAUCAAUCCGCUCGUUAAUCUUCUCAAGAUGGUCGCCGAGGAUCGCGCCGUCGGCUUGAAUCGAUGUGCGCGGGCAUUCGCAAUCCUUUCCGCACACGUCGUGGCCUCUCGAUUUACAUCGAACGUACCGAGGGCCAUGUUUCGAACUUUAAUCCCUGGCCACGAUUCCAGAAGCACGUCAAAACAUCAAACAACUUACAAAUCGCCGAACUGCUUAGCUUCGGCAGUUUGACAACCUGUUUCGAACCUUAUUCAUGUGUGAUACAGGUACGCGCAUAUCUACACGAUGCAAUGCAAAGUCGCGACCGGCUGCACAAUUUCAUCU